GCCACAGAGCUGUGCAUGGGAGGUGAGGACUGAAUAUGGACCGACAGGAAGAUGCACCCCCUCCAAAGCAGCAACCUAUGAUAUACAUCUGUGGAGAAUGUCACACAGAAAAUGAAAUAAAAGCAAGAGAUCCUAUCAGAUGCAGGGAAUGUGGUUACAGAAUAAUGUACAAGAAAAGAACUAAAAGAUUGGUUGUAUUUGAUGCCCGAUGAAGAGACCAGAAGAUGCAUCUAAUUUACUUCAGUGUAUUGUAAAGCCUUCAUAUGUUGGACUUUUGUUCUGAGCAAAGAUAUUCUUUUAUUCUGAUAGUAUAAAUUAUUCAGCUAUUGCAAUAAAGUUUUUCUCAAAUGUU